AUAAAUUAAUCCAUUUCUAAUUUAAUAAUUAAUAUCAUAAAAAUUCUAAUGAAAUGUAAUUAAUGGGAAUAUAUAUAAUGAAUUUUAAAUAAAUAUUUUACAAAAAUAGUAAAUUAUUAAAGUGAUCAUUCACACGAAUCGAGAUAACCACGUGAACCUUUUAAAUCGAGUAGAAAGAUUGUAGUGUAAGGUUUUAAGCAUUAACGAUGAUUUUUAGAUGACAUGACAUUGUGAUAUAUUUAUAGGAACAAAAAAUUUAAAGUAUUAAUUUGAAUAUAACUGAAAGAACAUCAUUGAAAUGUCUUUUAUUAAGAAUUUUUCCACUUUAUAUACUUUGCCUCUUGUUGUUAUGUAUGUCAUAUUAUUUUGUUUUACUAUUUGGAUUAAUAAGUUUAUUCUUUCUGGUUUAAGCUUUACUUAUCCAUUGGUAUUUCAAGGUUGGCAAACUCUUGUUGGUGCCAUAGGAUUUACUAUUAUGAAUAAAUAUAACUUGAUUAAUAUAAAGUUCUCAAAUUUAGGAUGGUCAUCUAUUAAAUAUAUUGGACCUUACAUGGUAUGUUUUACAUUUGGUUUAUAUACUGGAUCUAAAGCAUUAACAGGAAUGCAUAUACCAAUUUUUCUUUCUUUACAUAAUAUAGUUUUUUUAUUUCAACAUGUUGCUGAUCUUUGGGCAAGGCGUUUGGAAUGUGAGAAAAGUUCAAAUGUUAUUUCAAUAAUAAUACCUUUGACAAUAAUAGCAUUGAGUACCACUAUGGUACUUUCUACAUCAUUAAAGGAAUUUAGAGGAGCUCUCUUUUGGAUGAUACUGCAUCUUAUAUCAUCAGGAGUUUUAGUAUUUUUGGAUCAAUUAGAUAAAUCUUAUUCUGAAGAAAAUGCACUUCCAAAAUUGUAUUGUUGUUUUAUAUUCAGUGUUAUUGUUUUAGGUUCUACAAGUUUUUUUUUAGUGUUAUUGUUUUAG